CUCUCUGAUUGCAAGUCAUUUUUGCACCAAACCGACAAACCAGGAAGCGUACUCAUCUGUGUCGGGCUUGUGUUUAAGUUGACGUGACCACGAUCGCCUUGUGGCAAGUAAAUCCUAUACUCAAUGAGAGAAUAGGACGCUCAUAGGAAAAGCGGUCGAGGUGGGGAUAUAUCGCCCCGACGUUAUUCAGUACCCGUAUAAACAUAGAUACAGCACGUUCAGGCCUGUUCUACAAUACAGUCGUGAGAAAUUGACCAAUCACAGACUGAUCACAGAAGAAUAAUCGAUUGCGAUUGGGAAACUUGCUCAACCAGCCACAUGGAAGUAAUACAUAAUAUGCUUCUGUCGAUAACAUAUUUUCUAACCUCAAGACUCAUCAUUUUCACUGUUCGAGAACUUUGGUAUCAACUAACCGGAUCAUCGAUCACAGUGGGAUUAUAAUCAGAAAAAAAAAAAACUUAAUAAAAUAGAUGUGAAUCAAAAUACAGCAUCAUGGCAGAUCGGUUAACGCAGUUACAAGAUACUAUAAAUCAACAAGCGGAACACUUUUGCAACAGUGUUGGUAUUUUACAACAAUAUUCAACACCCAGCAAAUUUCCUGGUUUCGAUCGUAUCGGAACUCCACAGCCACAUCAGUCUCAAGAAGAUUACGCUGCUCUAUUUGCCAAUCUUAUUGCGAGAUGCGCAAAAGAUAUAGACACGUUAAUAGAGAGUUUGCCAAGUGAGGAAUCUUCUCAAGAGCUUCAGGUAGCCAGUCUAAGUCGACUUGAGCAAGAAAAUCAACAGGCCGGCGAGCAACUGGAGGAAGUGGUGAGACAAGGAGAAGUGUUGCUUCAACGGAUUCAAGCUGCUCUGCAGGAUAUCGCACAGAGUCAAUUGGACAUGCAAAAUCCCAUGUCGACACCUCUUCCCUACUCCUGCGGAAAUAAUCAAAGAUGUCGCCUGUGUACUGGAAAGCACCCUUAUAGUCAAAGCUGUGGACAUAGCACGGAAAAGAACCAGACGUGCGGGCAUAGCGUACGGACUGACAAACCGCUCGCGGAUAUGGCUACGUAGUUGUUGAUGUGCACCAUCAUUGACAUGGCGCUAGCGAACACAAGCGGAACACAGCUGAAAUGCUGCCGUGGCCAAUCUCAGUCUCUUCUCUGAUGUAAUUUUUUUAUCAAAAUUUAGAUAAUUGAGAAAAAAACUGCCAUAAGAUUAAAUUUUCUACAGGAAACAUUGUUUAUCAAUUGUUGAUAACUCAUUUAUAUAAAAGUAACGCGGUUAGAAAGUUCUUUUUAUUGACCGAACAUGUGGUAGGGUCGUUCGGCCAUGGUCGGCUUUGUUCGAUAGUCAAUUUUCUCAGUGUCUGCCGAGCGUGCGUCGUGUAUGUUUAUUGUCUUUGCUUUACUCUUGUCUAGUUUUCUCGCAUCGCGUUCCGUUCAGUUUUCUCUGUAUUGCGCCGUCGCGAAACGCGUCGUACACGUUCGUCUGAUCUCCGUAUAUGUACAAAAUAUCGGGCAAUAAUCUCGCGCGACGCGACAGAGACAUUCGUGUUUCGUAUUUUUUUAGUGGUUCAUAUUGUAUCGUGUAAACCGUUUUUUUAACGCGCUGAGUUAUAUAGUUGAAGAGAAUUCUUUUUAAAGUAAACAACCAACGCACGCAAAAGAGAAGGAAACUCACGGUGUUAAAGAGCUGAGAGUUUUUUAAAUCUUUGAGAUAUUUGCUGUGCGUAUUCGAAUGACACUUGACAUGUUCAUGCUGGUUUUAUAAGG